CAUGCUUGAUUUGCUUUCGCGGGCCGCAAAAAAAUGAUGUGGCGGGCCAGAUCUGGCCCCCGGGCCUUGACUUUGACACCCGUGGUGUAGAGUUUACAAGGCCGAUUGCAAUGAAGCAGCGGGUUGUGACUCUGAUUGUGUUGUUCAUACAUGUAUUUACUUGUGGAUUUAAUUUGGGCAUUUUUGUACUUCUCAUGAUGUUAAGUUGACUGCUCUAAUUUUCCAACCAGGUUGGGAUUUUGUGAAUGUGAACCAUUUUGAUCAUGUUUGUGACCUGAACCUGGAACACUGUUGUUGUGGAUCACUCACUUUCAGUACAUUCAGUUCAUAUUGUGAGAAAGGAAGAAUGAAGAGAGGCAAAGAGAAAUGAUUUGUGUUCUUUUUUUUCCCCCCUCCGUUUUCCACAUCUCAUUUUACGCAAAGUGACGGACUUGAGUUUGCCCAUCACUAUUAAAAGUCUUGCUGGAGGCACUGCAAGCUAUUCAGACUGCGUGAUCUUUAUCCCCGGCAUAUAUUAAAUCGUGUUUCUCGAAAGCCUUUGAGACAAUACUGUUCCAUACGGAACGGUCCUUCCAGAAUUGGAGGUCAUUUUCUGUACCCUGCGAAAUGUCAUCCAUUGCAACAAGGCAACUGACUAUCGAGCUUUAAGAAGUGACUUCUGAAAUCCAAAUUCGCAUAAAAUCCAACGUUUUAUUUUCCAAGACGCUUGUGCGGCUUUUCGAGCUUUAUGUCGUUUCACGUGGGUAGCAAGAUUUCUGACGGCCCCUGAAGGCACCGCGAGGACGCGCUGCCCCCAGCGGUUCGCCGGUCAGCACUUGUGAAACUUCUCCGGAUUGUCUGCAUCUUGUAACGCCGAGAUGGAUGUCCUGAAGUCGGCCGGGAAAGCCAUUAUCCGAAGACCCAGUGUGGCUAAACAAUCCUGGACUGCCAGAAGACACAAAAAGCUUCCAGAGAACUGGACGGACACGAGAGAGACCAUCUUGGAGGGGAUGACCUUUAGCCUCCGUCACCUCGGAAUGACCUUAGUGGACCAGCCCAAAGGCGAGGAACUGGCGGCCGCCGCGGUGAAAAGGAUCGUUGCCACAGGAAAAAUCUGUGGGAAGAAAGUGCAGAAAGUCUACCUCAAAGUGACUCCUCAAGGCAUCACCCUCUAUGACAGUUGCACCAACAACUUCAUGGAAAACAUCUCCAUAUACAGAAUAUCCUACUGCGCGGUGGACAAAGUGCACGACAGAGUGUUUGCAUUUAUCGCCCAAAACACCCUCAACGGGACGUUGGAGUGCCACGCCUACCUGUGCUCCAAGAGGAAAGAGGCACAGGCUGUAGCCCUGACAGUAGCGCAGGCCUUUGGAGUAGCCUUUGAACUGUGGCAAGUCACCCGAGAAGAGAAAGGAGGGCGAGUCCAGUCCGGUUCAAGCGACGGGCUCAGCAGCUGCUCCAGUUCCGAGAGAUCCCCCGGCCCCAAAGACGUUGCCCCGGUCGACCUGUUGGACGCUGAGACCAAUGAGAACGUCGAUCAAGUGGACAACCACGGGACAUCUGAGAGGAACGAUAAUCCAGCCUGGGCACUAGAAGAUGACUUGGACGAAGCCUUCUCCAGCUGUGCUGCGGACAGCUCGGGUUCACUUCCAGACUGGCCGAGUCACGUACUCACUCCCAGAUCUUGGACGUUGGGCUGAUGCCCCAACGCUGACUGUUUGAACCCGCCUGGCAUGGUGCCAAAUGGCAACGGAACCCCCCCGCCGCAAACCCCCCAAAACACCCUUUUUGGGAAUGACUUCCUCAGCAUUUACACAAGGUGCCGCUUCACAUGCAAAGUGCACUUCACGAGCUAAUGGGAAUUUUGCUGUAUUUAUGUCUGCAACAUGGGAUGAUGACAAAAAAGUCAAUCAAUCAAUAGUUUAUGUUAGAGAUGGAUUUGGGCCGAAGCAGAAAAGCAGCGGCUAGGUGAAUUUUUUCAGCAAAUAUUGAAGGAUAGGUUUCCAAAUGCCAGGCUGCAAACAUACCAGGUUGCCUGUUUUUUU